AUGGGAGUCUGGACCCAACUAUUCCCCCCGGACCCUCACUUUACCGAAGCACAAAUCCCUUCUCUCGCCGGUAAAGUAUACAUCGUUACCGGCGGCAACUCAGGCGUGGGCCGAGAACUCGCAAAGAUCCUAUAUGCAAAAGGUGGCACUGUCUACAUUGCUGGUCGCACGCUAACCAAGAUCGAAUCUGCAAUUGAAGAAAUCAUAACCGAAGUAGCAGCUGCAGCCACUCAGACAAAAGAUUCGACAGCUGCAGGUCAAUUACACAGUCUGAUUGUCGACUUGGGUAACCUAUCGACCAUCGCACCCUGCGUGACUGCCUUUCUCGCGAAAGAAUCCCGUCUCGAUGUUCUGUUUAAUAAUGCCGGGGUCAGUCGGCAGCCAGGUGGGAGUGUAACGACGCAAGGACACGAGAUUCACAUGGGUACUAACUGCUUGGGACCCUACCUCCUAACCAAGCUCCUCCUCCCACUCCUUACCCAAACCGCCCAAUCCGCCCCCCAAAACAGCAUCCGUAUCAUCUUCGCCUCCUCGGGAAUCAUCGACCUAGCCUCCCCUCCCGGCGGGCUCUCCCUCGCCGAACUCGAGCCAGGUAAGCACUCUCGCGACAUGAACCGCAACUACGCCGCCUCGAAAGCCGGCAACUGGUUCCUCGCCUCUGAAUUCGAUCGCCGGUACGCAACCGAGGGCGUCGUCGCUGUUGCCCAGAGCCCUGAGAUGUUGCGGACGCCUGGCUGGGAUGGGACGCCAUUCCUCGUGCGUGCGUUAAUGGCGCCAAUCUUCCAACCGCCGAGGAUGGGCGCGUAUACGGGGUUGUGGGCUGGUUUGAGUGUGGAUGUGAAGAGCGGGGAUGGGGAGAAGUAUAUUAUCCCCUGGGGCCGCUGGAAUAAGGAGCCGAAGAAGGAGCAUUUGGCGAGCUUGAGGUCGAAGGAGGAUGGUGGGACGAGUCUUGCGGUUGAGUUUUUUGCGUACUGUGAGGAGAUGACGAAGGAGUUUGCGGGUUAA